AUGGCGGCGGCUUCGCUGCCGGCGCCACCUCAGGGCAGUGUGACCUUUGAGGAUGUGGCUGUGUACUUCUCCUGGGAUGAAUGGUGUCUUCUUGAUGAGGUUCAAAUACACCUGUACCUUGAUGUCAUGCUGGAGAACUUUGCACUUGUGUGCAUGCUGGGUUCUUGUCGUGGAGUCCAGGAUGCAGAGACAUGUUCUGAACAGAAUGUAUCUGCAGAGGGAGCAUCACAGAUUAGGGCUCCCAGGGCAGAAUUGUCUCCUGAGAAUACCCAGCCCUGUAAGAUAUGUGUCCCAGUCUUGAGAGACAUUUUACAUUUAGCUGAAGAGCAAGGAACAAAUAGGGAGCAAAAAGAAUACAUGUGUGGGGCAUGUGGGAAACAGUUCUAUUUUACUGCCAAUGUUCAGCACCGCAUUGGAGUGAAAUUCUGCCAGUGUCAUAUGGGAAGACCUGCAUAUUUGAAAAGCUGUACAGUCCAUGCAGCAAGGAAUCUGUCUACCAACGCGGAGAUUGGGAAUGACUUAGUGGCCUACAUGGGAGUUCAGAAACAAACCACUAAUACCAGGAUGGCACAAAACAACAGUGAGGAGUAUGAUGCUGUUUUUCACAGUGGAAAAAGUCAUCAGAGCUGGAGAGGAGGCAAGAUAGUCUCCAGCCCCACAGACAUACUUGUUCAGGAUGAAGAAGCCCUCACUGGUCAGAGAUUUAACUCUGGAGGAACGCUAUAUGCCUGUCCUGAAUGUGGAAAGUCAUUUAGCCAAAGGAGGUACCUCAGAAUCCAUAGAAAAAUCCACACUGGAGAAAAGCCUUAUAAAUGCAAGGAAUGUGGUAAAUCUUUCAUCCAGAAGGGGAGGUUAAUUGACCAUCAGAGAGUUCACACUGGCGAACGGCCUUAUGAGUGCAGUGAAUGUGGAAAGUCUUUUGUUGCUCUGCGUGGCCUCCAGUAUCAUCAGAGAGUUCACAGUGGCGAGAGGCCCUAUGGGUGCAGUGAAUGUGGGAAAUCUUUUAUCGCUAAAUCUGACCUCCAUUAUCAUCAGCGAGUUCAUUCUGGAGAAAGGCCUUAUGAGUGCAGUGAAUGUGGGAAAUGUUAUAUUGAUAAGAGAGGUCUUCAGUAUCAUCAGAGAGUUCACAGUGGAGAAAGGCCCUAUGAGUGCCGUGAAUGUGGGAAAUGUUUUAUUUUUUCAAGUGGUCUCCGGUAUCAUCAGAGAGUUCACAGCGGAGAAAGGCCCUAUCAGUGCAGUGAAUGUGGGAAAUCUUUUAUUGUUAAGAGAGGCCUCCAGAAUCAUCAGAGUGUUCACAGUGGAGAAAGACCUUAUGAGUGCAUUGAAUGUGGAAAAUGUUUUAUUGAUCGGUCACGUCUUCAUCGGCAUCAGAGAGUUCACAGUGGAGAAAAGCCUUAUGAGUGCAGAGAAUGUGGGAAAUGUUUUACUGAUAGGAAGAACCUCAGUACCCACAGCAAAAUCCAUAGUGGAGAAAAGCUUUAUCAGUACAAAGAAUGUGAUAAAUCUUUUACCUGUAAGUACUGUUUCAUUGGACAUCAGAGAAUUCAUACUUUAGAAAGGCCUUAUUAG